UGCAGCACUUGGACAAGAAAGUUGGUCGCGACUACUGGCAACCGCUAUUUAUUUCCCUUGACCCACGCCGUGAUACGCCAGAAAAGGUGCGAGAGUACUUAGCUGAUUUUAGUCCACGUAUUCUCGGCCUUGUGGGAACGCAAGAGGAGGUGGAGGCGGCUGCCCGCGAGUAUCGUGUGUACUUUGCCAUCCCCGAUGAAGAGGGCAUGAGCGAGGACGACUACCUCGUUGAUCACUCCAUCAUCAUGUACCUCAUGGACCCGGAGGGCCGUUUCUGCGACUACACCACGAAGGAGUUUCAGUGGUUUGAGAGCUACAGUAAAUUGUUGCGCCGCAUGAUGGACUAUGAACGGGAGAAGGUGCGGAAGCAGCGGGAGCGGGGCGGGGAGCUGCAGCCGGGUGAGAGGGCGGCAAACAUGAAGGUGGCAAACAUCGCGACGAUGUUGGAUGAGAGUGCGGCGGCGGUGCCCAGCCGUGAGGAGCUGGAGAAUGCCAGACCACAGCAGGCGAUGACAAUUCGGCGUUGA